CUAGAGAUACAGAGACGGGGCAGCUGUUAACUUGGGAUCCUGAUCUUUGGCCGCCUAGUGAUCCUGUCUUUCCUGGAUUUCCCUGUAUUCUGUACCAUUCAUUAUUUUAACUUGAUGUCCUGCUGAUAAACAGUGGCCCCAACAUGAUGGAUUAUGGCCAAUGAACAUGAUAAGUUUAAUCUCCUACAAGAAGAGAGCAAUUCUGUAGAAACAGGAAAUACUACAAGAAGUAAUGGUAAUUAUGAGCAAUUUCCCAGAAUGUCCCAGUUGGUCCCAACAUCCACCCUGCGCCUCCUUUGUGGACUCUCCUCCUUGUGUGUUGUUCUCCUCAUCCUCAAUAUUAUUGUCACCUUCACAAAGUCCAAUUCAGAGUGCCCAAAUGGAGCCAAUACAGAAAUGACUUCUCUUCCUGUUUGCCCUCCUUUUCCCUGCCCUGAGAAAUGGUUUGAGUUCACUGGACACUGUUACUAUAUCACCAAUACGCUUAAAUCCUGGGAUGGUGCAAAAACAACUUGUGAGAAGAUGAACUCCCAUUUGAUUAUGAUCAACAGUUUAGAAGAACAGGAAUUUGCUGUUGAAUUUGCCGUUCAAAAAACGACAUGGAUCGGACUUUCUGAUGCUGAUGGAGAAUGGAAGUGGGUGGACAAGACCCCAUUAGACUGGAACCAAACAUAUUGGAGAGAGGGGCAACCAGACGACUGGACUGGCCAUGGGAAAGGAGGAGGAGAAGACUGCGCCCAAAUUGCUUAUGACCAAAAGUGGAAUGAUGAGCAAUGCAACAAACCAUAUCAAUUCAUUUGUGAGAAGGAGCAGAGAAACUGGAGAAAGUAACACAGAAAUGGAAGUCCCUAGUCACUUCUCUAACCCAAGAUGUUUCACUGAGAAUGCAAACUCCAAAUAUAGCCAACUACUACCUUAAAGAGGCCCUACCUCUGGGAGGGGAUUAGGAGUUUUUGGGGCCAGUCUGUGAUAUUGGCUGAGCCGCAAAUAUAUUCAUAUAUUAAAGCAGGGACACAAAGCAAAUGGACAAUAAAUAUAAAAUUGUCGCUUUUUGUCAGUCACUGGUCUCCAGAAAACUGCAGAAGUUCCUGACCACUUGGUACUACUUCUCAUAUUAAUCUCUAUGGCAGCUUCUGUAGGUGUUGGAAGGUAUGUCCCUGGCCACUAGUAGCUAAGAUACAGAGUAUCCUUAAAUUUAAAAUUUUCUUGAGUCUUUUUUCCUAAAACACGAAACACAGUCACAAUGUCAUAGUUGAGUUUUCACACCGUGGCACUACACAUCAAAUAACAACAACAUGGAGAAAUAGAUUGCAAUUAAUACACAAGGAUGUAAUGUUUUUACAAUGUUCCAAAACUUCUAAAUGAAGAUCUCAUGAGAGACUUCACAUCCAUCCUACCAAGGCCCAAGAAGAGGUUCUGACUGAGGUCCAUUUUGCUGCCCUACAGAUAGUUUCCACUGCUGUUCAGGGUGUUCACGCUACUCUUGUAGAAAGAGCUUACAAUCCAACUGAUAUCUGAAGUCCCAACUGCUCUUAAGCAUUUUCAUUAGAUAAUGAUGAUCCACCUUUAAUGGUGUUUUUUUCUCCUUAUCGAUAACCCACUUUCUCUGUGUCUCCAUUUAAAACUUUUUUACCUCAAUAUAAGCAUCGAAUAAAAGCCUGUUCCCCAUUC